AUGCUGCAUGUAAAUAACUCUCACCUUCAAGAUGUACCUUCCGAACAAUCACAAGAAAACGAAACUGCAUUGAGCGAGUCUAGAAAUGCGUCCGGAGAUCACCAUCCUCGCCGUAAAGAAAUAGCUUCAAGGCUUCGACCCAUUAUAUAUUUGAUGAAAUUAACCGGAGAGUGCUCUCAGGAUGUUUUGGUGCUAAACGAGGUACCUGCAACUAGUUCGCGCCUCUUUUCUCGUCUGUACCGCGGAAUUGUAACUCUUGGUCAGUGGGGUGUCGUGGUGCAGUGCGUUACAACUGUUUUCUUUGAAGGUUUUGCAGAUUUGAAGAGAUUUUAUUUUGUGUUGAUCUUCUCCAUCUGGGCUCUACAAUGUGCAGUAGUUGCAACAAUAUGUCUAUACGUUUUCCCAAACAGGCAAGCAGAGUCAUCCCGUUUUUCGCAAUUCUUAAGCAGCUUGUGCAGUGCAGAAAGUAAUGAAAGAAGGUCAAAGAAAUGUAAGGUGAACUUGAUAUUGGCUUCCGUCACUUUCUUUGCUAUUUUCAACACCCUCUUCGUUAUUUCUUUAGACCUCAUGUAUGGCUCGAUAAUCUCUUUUCGUCCUUGGAACGGAUUUCUGGUUUAUCGCUUGAACUUCUUUGCGUUUAUCUUCUGCAGUUGCUUUUCAUGGGCACUGCCAUUUUCGUUGUUUUACGUAUCUUGCGAUCUGCUGCUUGGAAUUUUUGAGGAUUUGGAGACCAAAGUAAAAGCAGGCGAUCCUGAUGCCUCCGAUAUCAGAUGGAUUCGGCAGGAACAUCGAAAACUUUGUGUGCGGGUUGAUCUCGCAAAUAAAGUUUUUUCUCAUCUUCUUUUGGCGGCAGUGGGCUUAGAUGUUCCUUUGAUGUGUUUCAACUAUCACCAGCUGGUGAAAUCGAACGCAUCUACGAGUUCAGACUUUACGUAUCUUGUCUCACUUUUGUACUGGUCUGUUUGUGUGGUUGUUAAGUUAGCUUUUAUCCUUUUGGCGGGAGUUAGAGUCAACGAAAAGAUUCACAGCUUUUAUGACAUCUUACAAAGUUUCACUGUUCCUGACAACAAGGGUCACUUAGAGCUUUUACAUUUCAUGAUGCAUCUUCGGGGAGAGCCCAUUGGAUUGUCCAUUGGUGGAUUUGUGGUGAUCGACAAGUCCCUGGUUAUCUCGCUCGUAGGAAUAAUCAUCUCCUACUUCGCUGUAUUGAUAACAUUGCCAAGUUGAAGAAGAGGAAGGACAUGACCAGACAUGAAGCGGAUGCAUUUUCUGCUCUUACUGUUUCUUUUGCUUUAGUUUUCAUAUCAUUCAUGGAAUUCUAAAGAGUUUUGAGUCAACACUUAUGAAUUAUCAAAGGAACAUUUAAUCAAGCUAUACCAGUGAUGUCUUUACCAGUAGUUCCCAUACCUUGAAGUAAUUAAAGAGCCUAGUCGUAUAUAUACCCUUGCUGCAUAGCUCAAGUUAUUUAUUGGUGAAAACUUCCUUGUAAUAGUUAAAUGACUUAUGUCGGAAACUUUGUUGAUUCUGCUGUAAGCAGAUGAUGGAGAUGUAUGCUAUCGCUCUAAUCUAUCACCCUUUAAGGAGAAUAACAGUUUUGGUGUAUGCAAAUGUACGCUUGUUCCGUAUAUAAUUCAAUUUUUUUAACCUCCAACAAUGGAAUCCCUAGUAAACCUUAAUUAUUAUGUCACAGAUAGAUCCUCAAAUGCCAACUGUAAAUAAAGAAACUGUAGAUAGCUUUUUCU